UUUUGGCUCCUAAAUCAAACUUCUCCCUCCAUCCCGAACUAUUCUAGAAAGAAAGAGAAAGAAAGAAAAAGCUCUCAGAACCAAUAGUACUUCACAUAACAGACCAAGUUGUAAGAAAACAGUUCUAAACAAAACAGAAAACUAAUAACACAAAAAAGUGAAUAUAUAUAUAUAUAUAUAUAUAUAUAUAUAUAUAUAUAUAUUACAUAAAAGACUCAAUAUAUAUCCAGCUUUUACGUACAUUUUGUCAUCAAAAUUAACAUAAUCGAAGAAGUUGAAUUCAGUGGAAGCAGAAGACGACCCCUAUGGAAAUGGCUGAACAUUUGGACCAUACCACUCCUAAUGGUAAUAAUGGACAAGUCUCCGAUGCCACUACUCCCCAGAAUGAAGAUCUUAAUGAGUCGCACUCCCAAUCCUUGAUUUCUGAGUCUUUUGACCAUGAACAAACUCUUGCCCACGAUGAAUCUUUGAAGAAUCUUCAAGUGAUACAUUUGGAGGCAAAUGCUAAUGAAGAUCAGAUUCUUCAAGGUCAAAAGAUUGAUCAAGAAAUAAAAGAAGGUGAAGAUAAAAACGAUGAUCUUGACAACAGAGCCCCACAGCCUAUUGAAGAUGUUCAAAAGGAUGAUGAGCUAUAUAUAUUCCAAGAAUUACACCAAGAGUUGGAACGUAUGGAACAACAAGCAAGUGAAACAUUAAAAGCCAUGGAUGCAGAGAGCCAACACUUAACAAGAGUAAAUAAUAAACUCUCUGACAUUCUUGGAGAAUUGUCGCGUUUAUUACAAGAUCGUAAUUCAGAUAUUAAUGUUGUUGACGAGGCAUUGCAACAAACACUUCUAGCUCUAGAUAUGGACAAGUUUGACGAAAAUAUGAUUGACAAACGACAAGAUUUAACAUGUGAAAUCUAUGAUAAAUAUGACAAGAUGUUGGAAUAUGUUGAAGUCCUAUUUGCUGUCUAUUCGACCACUGAGCAUGACAAUGACACUAAUAUUAAUUAUCCUAGUAAUCAUCACAUGAAUGAUGAUCAAGAUCAACCAUUGCCACCCAAUGAUAAUCUUGAUCAGAUUAAUCAACAUGAUGUUACUAUUCAUGAUUUGGAGAAGAGCAGCAGCAGUAGGAUGGCAGCGCCACCACCGCAGAGUAUGGCGGUACUGACAGGGAAGGAGAAGAGGCAGGUAAGGGCUAAGGAGAUGCAGAAUAACAUGCUUAGGCUUCGGGAAAUCAUUCCUGAUAUGAAUAGUACUAAGAUGACCAAAUCUCAAGUGCUCCAAGCUGCUUAUAACUACAUCAUAUUUUUGAAGACACAGCUUGGCCUUGAUCAUAUUUCCAGAAACUGAAGAUGGGUAAUAAAGAGGUGUUAGCAUCUCCAAUUGUUCAGGAGAAAUUGUACUGAUCAGAACAGAACUGUGGCUUCAAAACAAUUUGUUGAUCGAUUUACUUAUUGUAUACAAAAGAGAGAUUUUAGUUUUCAUAAUAAUAGUAUAAUUGUGUCCAUACA